AUGGCUCAAAGCUCAAGUUCCUCUACCAUUGGCAACAAAAGAGAAAAAAUUGUGUUGUGUCACUGUAACCGUAAAACAAAGGUGAUUCAAGCUUGGACUGAUACCAACCCUGGAAGGAGGUUCUAUACAUGCGUAGGGCGUAAGGUUUCUACUGGAUACGAGUCUUGUGACUUCUUCCGUUGGUAUGAUGUUAAGACUCCACACGGGUGGCAAUACACUGCAUUGUUGGCUGCUAGAGAUGUCAUGAACCAACAGAGAGAUGAGAUUAGGGACCUGAGAAACCAAGUAAGAGCACUCAGCCUUGAGAAUGAAGGCAUUGGCCUCACUCCAGACCUCGAAUGUGAAGCAUGUGAAGCUCAUAAAAGGAAGGUUGAAGCACUGGAAAAAGAGGUCUUGGUUCUAAACGAGAGGAGAAUGGUGUAUCGUAAUGCUCUUAUCGCGUCGUCAAUUGGAGUCACUGUGGUUAUUGGUGUGUUCAUGGGCAUCUCGAAGUGGAAGAAGGCUAUUGUUGUUAUUUGA